AUGUCACAGUCUCAGGAUCACGAAUCCGAGUGUCUUCUAUGGUUCCUCGAUGCGCGUCGGUCAGGGACCUUGAGUCUCACUAGUACUGACGGCUCAUAUCUCCAUCAGCUCUGGGCCGAGCGGGAGGUGGAAACUAAAUUCUGGAUCAACCAAGAUAGCGAUCUGUCCACGUUAGAGUACAUUGUUAUCUUCCUCUAUCGGAUUCUGCUCCGAGACUUCAACAAUAUCCCCAAUAAUGGAGACGCAGAGUGGAUCCGCUUUGGCUUUUGCUACUGCACAAGCAGAUCUCAAAAACAACUCCUUACGCAGCAUUACAUUCAGCUUGCAGAACGCGCAUCGCUCAGUCAGAUUGCCGGAGCUUGGAAGGCAGAUGAUUUACACGAACUUAUGGCGAGUGAAGAAAUCGACACGUCAUCUCUCACUUCUCAUGGAAUCUAUCCUCGUCAACCAUCACCAGAAACGAUCGGAAUCUACCGCCUCAUGUCAGAAGUUUCACACACUCUGAGCGGGUGUGCAGUAUGCCAGGCCAGAAACCUGUCAUGCCAAUUUCACUCAAAAGAAAAUCCUUCGCUUUGCUCCGAGUCCGAAAUUGACUAUGGUUUCCACGCGACCAGUACCUGGGAGCGCUAUCAAUUGCUGAAUUUUUAUUCCCAAUUGUUUGAACAUCCUAAAUUUAGUCCACACAAAAUUCAGGAAGCAAGGCGAGAUCCCGAUACAAAAGCAUUUGAGAAAUACAUCGAGGUUUUGGUCCCGAACUUUCGCAGGGCACUCGUCAACGAGCACUUAAUGGAUGGAAUGUUUCCCAAGUUCGGAUCCAGAAUGCAACUUCGUGGAGCUUAA